UUAUAUAUAUAAUACUAUAGUAGGUACCUACAACGAUUCUUUUUUGUGCGCUCAGACUCACAACAAAUUUUCGCGCACUCCACUACAAGUCCACUUCAAUCUUUCAGCAUGUUGGUUCAAGACGCACGAAAGUGCUCAAUAUUGCGAUACAUAUAUUUAAGAAGCACUUUUGCCCACACUGUUUUAAAAGUCAAAAUCAUUGUGUUAUUUUUAUCGCCGCUUUGGUGUGUAAUGAUGUAAUACUUUAGUCUCAACCACUGAGUUUGUAUGAAUUGCCCAUUUUGAGUUUGCGAACCGUAACAUGCUUAACAGAAAACUAAAAGUUGUCUCUUUAUUUUUUAGGGAAGAUAUUUUUAAGAAAGUUUUAUCAAAAGGUCUUGGCGUUAUUUACAAAGUAAAAAUUCGUUCUGACAAUGCUGGUGUUUUUCCAGGAUGGUUUCUUAACAAGGUAGCGAUAGUAGAUGAACUUGCUGAAAAGCGUUACAUGUUCACAUGUAAUGACUGGUUGUACAAAGAUUCAACAACCAAUCGAUUAACACGUGAACUGGAAUGCAAAGGUUUUCCGAUAGUCAGUGUUGAUACUUUAAUGAAAAAGAAUGGACCUAUCCAUCAUGUUCCAAUCAACAAAGGCUUCAUUCUCCGUCGUGGAGAAUCAUUUAGGUUGAUAAUUCUACUAGCCAGGAACUACACUACCACCGAUGUGUUUUACUUCACGCUCAACAGUGGAGAACAUCCAAAUUACCAAGAUAAGAGUUUAGUAACCAUCAAAGAAGUGACCCCCACUGAUUUUUUAAAAUGCAAAGAGAAAGAAAAAUGGGGAUUUGUAAUUCGUGAUGUCACACAGAUCAAGGAGAUAGAAGUUGAAGUAUAUAUUCCAGCAACAGCUUCUGUUGUGUCACAUGUGAUGAUGAUUGAGACAGAACAUGCUACGGAGUAUGUUUUUAAGCAUGAAUUUUCUAUUUUACCCAACCCAUGGAAGCAAGAUGCAUCAACAUUUCAAACCUUUGAAAGAUCGAUCAAAUCAUAUUUUUCCUAUACAUGCUCCUACAUCAACAAAAAAGCCUCUUUCUGUUGUAACUGCAGUGGCAAGAGUACACCAAAAACUCAAGACUUCAAGAUCACCGAAGUUGAUCUGAUGAUACCGGCCAAUAAAUCAAUGCAUUACACAGCAAAAUUUAAAAACUCAUCAUUAUUAAUUCUGAGAAGAGGGCAGUCAUUCAAAAUCAAGAUAAGGCUAUCUAGAAGUUAUAAUACAACAGAUGAAUUCUACCUAACUUUGAAGACUGGUCCAAAACCACGUGAUGUUGAUGGAACGUUUGUAACUAUUCUUCAAAAAGACCCGGAGGUAUUCUAUGAGAGCAAAACAAAGAGAGAAUGGGCGUUUACGAUUCUUGAUGUAAGCAAUCCGAGGGAGGUUAUAGUGGGCGUGUUUAUACCGCCCAAUGUGGUGGUUGGAUUGUAUGCUUUUGCGAUUGAAAGCCAAGACAAAAAACUUUAUGCAAGUCAAAUCUGCAUUCUGUUUAACCCAUGGUGUAGAGAAGACGAUGUUUACAUGGAAGACAAAGAAGCAGUCCGCGAAUAUGUUCUGCGACAACAUGGUAUCUUAUUUCUGGGCAAAUACACCAACCCUGCACCAAAAAAUUGGUUCUAUGGUCAGUUUGAAGAUGUUUCUUUGCAAGUUGCAAUGCAAGUUUUAAAUGAGAUUAUGCCAGCAGCAAAUCGAAACUCGGCAGUCCAUGUAUCACGUUACGUCUCUUCGAAGGUAAAUUCCUAUGAUAAUGGCAUUGUGGUUGGAAAUUGGUCUAAUAAUUAUGAAGGUGGCAAGUCACCUGGCUUUUGGUCAAAUACCUGCGACAUACUUAAAGUAUAUGUUGAAAGUAAACAGUCAGUUCGAUAUGGACAAUGUUGGGUUUAUGGUGCAGUUGUUACGACAAUUUUACGAACUUUGGGGAUACCAUGUCGUCCAGUCACCAACUACAACUCUGCCCACGAUACAGAUGGGAAUUGUACUCUUGAUCAAUACAUUGACGAGCUGGGUAUGGAAAUAGAAGAUUUAACACGAGACUCUAUCUGGAAUUUUCAUGUUUGGAAUGAUGCAUGGAUGGCGAGAAAAGAUUUACCGCCAGGUUAUGAUGGAUGGCAAGCUAUUGAUGCAACACCCCAGGAAAAGAGUGGAGGGAAGUUUAGACUUGGUCCGGCACCAGUAAAAGCAGUGAAGAAGGGUGAAGUGAAUAUUGGGUACGAUACCAAAUUUGUUUUUGCUGAAGUUAAUUCUGACGUAAUACAAUGGAAAAAAACAAAUGGAAAAUUUAAAGCAAUAUCAUCUGACACGGAAGAAGUUGGUAAAAACAUGAGCACCAAAGCUGUAGGCUGCAAUGAGAGGUUUGAUGUAACUGAUGAAUACAAAUUUAAAGAGGGGUCUGCACUUGAAAGAGUUUCCGUAACGAACGCUGUUUCUCGAAUUCGCCAUAGAGAAAUCAGUGCACAAAAAUCAGAUUGUGAAAUGAGCAUAGUAAUUUCAAAUGAUCAUAUUGAAAUAGGAGAAGACGCUUGUGUGGAGUUUAACACAAGAAACAACUCAGUUAAUGAAGCAAAUGCCAAGCUUAUGAUAGUAGUUGAAGUAAUCACAUACGGUGGUAAAGUGGUGAGACAAGUCAAAACUGAUAGAAAAAGCCUCUUUAUUGGAGCAAACACAGGCAACAGAAUCACGCAAAUAAUCAAAGCUGCUGAGUACAGAUCAAAGCUUGGUGAUUAUGACAUGCUCAAAAUAACUGGAACAUUACUACUUGAAACAGGUCAAACGAUAUUCAAACAAGAUAUAUGCAUCAUCAAGAAACCAACGUUGCAACUGAAGAUUCCGACCCACGUCGUUGUCAAAAAGGAAAUGGAAUUUAUGGUUCGCUUUCAGAAUCCACUUGAUGAAGAAUUAACAGGCUGCGUGCUAUAUAUUAAUGGAACCAUUAUCUCUAAGGGGAUGACUUUUCAAGUCAACAACACUCAACCAAAGUCAUGGUUUGCAUAUAAAAAUUCGCAUUCACUGGUGCCAGAGUUUCCAGGGAAAAAGAGCAUAUCCAUAACGUUUACUUGCAAGGAAUUGGGAUCUAUGAACGUUUCGGAAAAGGUUACUGUAGAAUGAUGCAAAGAAAAAAACAAAUCGCUAAUAUAUUAUUUAUUAUAUUAAUAUAUUAUUUAUAUACAUUUCAUGUUAGAUCUUUCUUUUUGAUGUUUAUAUCUGUUACGCAAAUAAUUUUUAUAUCGGAAAAUCUUACGCAUAGGAAUACAGUAGAAUCUCUCUAUCUCGAACUCGCAAGGGACCAAUAAAUUUAUUCUAGAUAAGAAAGUUCAAUAUAAAGAAUGGAAUAUACCUUAGGUGGGCCACAAAGGGACCGAGACUUUAGUUCGAGAUAGAGAGUAGUUCGAGAUAAAGAGUAGUCGGGAUAGAGAGAUUCCACUAAUGUCGCAACUUAAUGCAUGAACUUAAAGUCUUUUUACCCUAAAUUCAUUUUGGAUGUUGUGGUAUUAUUUGUUGUUCUGCUAGAUACACUUUCGAUCGAAACUUUUUGUUGUGGAACAGUCACGCAUCGGAUCAAAUAGGCUUCCAAUAAUAUCUAGUAAGAUAUUUGUUGUGAAAAGCUAUUAUAAAGUAAAACAUUUCUUGAACAACAAGAAACGCCCCGAAAAACGAACAA